AUGAGCGGCGACGAUGAAAACGACACCAACGAAGAGGAGAACAAAACCAUCGUCAAAAACGCCCCGUCGUCUUUACCUUCGUCGGCAGAUGAUCCUCUUUUUCGCGAGGACGACGUAAACGACGACGAUAAUGAAAACACGGAAGAUGAAACCGAGGAGGAGAAACGCGUCGAAUUGGACAGACGGACGAAUGCUUCGUCGAUUACUAUUCACGCAACACGAACAACGGGCGAGGAUGAUUACGAAGAAGAGGCAACGAAGACGUUUAAGAAGCGGGAGGAGGAUAAAGUCGUCGUUGUUCAAAAGAACGAGAAAGAAAAAGAAGAAGAAGAGGACGACGAGAUGAUGAUGAUGAUGAUGAUGCAAAGGCAGAAUGCAGAAGGAAAAGGGAUGAAUACGAACGAAGACGAGGAGGAGACAGUUCCGGAUUUUUACAAAAACCAAGAGGAGAAAACGAAAGUUGCAGUCGUCUCAACGGUAGGAAACAUCUUGAAAGAGUACGAGAAACAGUCGGCAGACGUUCGAAAAGCGUUGGAGUUUACCAGGAAGAGAGGGUUCGGCGGCGCGUCGUCGACGAAGAGAGGGAGGAAGCGCUCGUUGGAGGAAGUGACGGAGGAGGAGGACGAAGACGAAGACGACACGGAUUCCGACGCGGAUGUCGACGAGGAAAUUUUGUUUUUGAAGGAGAUGUUGGCGAAGAAGAUGCGCGGUCGCGAGAGUAAUGCGGAGAAUACGACGAGUAAUAAUAAUCCGUUCAAUAUUCCAACCUCCGAAGAAAUCAUGAGAGCGGUGGAUGCGAGAUUAGGUGAAAUGAACGGCGGUGCUGGCGGGAACGCGGAGAAUAAGUGGGCGUUUACCGCGAGCGCGGCGGCGGCGACUGAAAUAUUUGCUGCCAAGAAAAUGCAAAAAGCGAAAGAUGCGUUUGAGAAUGCCAAUAGGAAAGCGAAGAUUGCGGCGGAGAAGUUGCAACGCGCCGAGAAGCUGUUACGAGUCGCUUCGGUGUUAGAGACGAGACAGAAACCAAACGGAGAGGAACUGAAGGUGAGCAAGAUAGGAGUAAGAGAGCAACGGCGCGCGCUAAAGCAAAAGAUGAGAAAAGAGUUUAGUUUGGAUGCGAAUCGUAAUGGACAACGCGAUAACGGUACCGAUACCGCAUCGAGUUCAGAGGAUGAGGACGAGGAUGAAGACGAGAAGGACUUACUUCAAUCCAACGUCACCGCCGCGGAAGGUGAAGUCGACGCAGACAUGCAAGAUGAAACAAAAAAGAAAAAGAACAAAAAGAAAAAUAUACCACCACACCAACUUCGCGAUACGAAGAAGAUUAAAGAAGCACCUGAACCUGCUUCGGAGUAUAUUCAAAAAGUUGUUUGGUCUUCUGUGGACGCCUGCCACGUGUGCAACGAACAGCUCAUGGAUUACUGGGACGUCAACGACCAAAUUUUAUUGUGCGAUGGGUGCGACGUGCAAGUGCACAAGAGCUGUUACGGCAUCCAAAAGAUUCCAGACGGCGAGUGGUUGUGCGCGGGGUGCGAGGAUGGCGUGUCUAAUCUCAUCGAAAACGGACGGGGUAUGUGCGCUUUAUGCCCGACGCCGAAAGGCGCGUUAGCGAGGAUCAAGCCGAAAUCAAAAUUUUCAACUAACUGGCGCGCGCCUGGGUAUCACGCGCACGUUGUUUGUGCGCUAACAUUACCCGAAAUUUCGUUCUCUAAAGCAGUAGACAACGAUAAAAAAGCGUUGGAAUCUGGAUCUUCCGUUUUGCGCAUAGACGCCUCGAAGCUUACAAGCUCGCGGAUGACGUUGAAGUGUGAAAUUUGCGAAGAAGAAGGCGCUUGUACACAAUGCGCGAUGAAGAAAUGUUACAAGGCGUUUCACCCGCUCUGUGCGAGAGGGUCGAAGAACGCGUGGCUUCGCCGCGCUGGUACUGGUCAGCCGAUGGUAUUUUGCUCCACGCAUUCGAGCGAGCGAUGGUUGCAGAAGCGACGCGAAACAUGUUCGUUGCCAAUAGAGUCAGCGUUGAACGACGCGUAUUUGACCGGCGGAUCCGUUUUCUGGGGCAUACAGAACGCUGCAGUUAGUCAGUCGACGCAAUUGUUUGCGAAUGCGAACGGUGCAACGACGACAACAGAAACCACUACAGAUUUAGCAAAUGAAAGGCACGAGAAAGCGUUGGUAAAUACGGGUGACGGAAGUAUGCGAGUGCUAACUUCCAUAAACGCUGCGUCGCACAGCGCAGAUGAUCAAUUGCAACAAGAAAACAAAGUUACAUCAGCGAGGCAAAAACCCGUGAAGGCCUUCAUAGAGAAACCAAAGAAAGGGAAGCGCACAAAUUUAGAAAACAUAACGAAAGGAACGUCAGAAAAUAUAGUCCCGAAUGCAAAAUCUGCCAUCGGGCGCGCGAUAAUUAUCUUGCGCAGUUUGAAUCCAAAGUGCAUGGUUUUGUUUCCACAAGCAUUCGUGGACGAAAACGUGAAGAGCGAUGCUUCGAUUGAUUCCGUUUGUUCCGUACUUAAACGCACGUUUUCAGCGUUUGAGGUUCCUGGUUCUCAGAAAUAUAGUGAACCAUGGAAAGUGUUAACGGUAGCUCAAAGAGUAAUAGCCAGAGAUAUCGUCUCGCGGCACAAAUUCCUCGGUCUCGCGUUUGCUGUGCUUAGAUUACCUUCUGGAUUUGGUAAGCGGCUGACGACAAUUACUGCCAUGGCUAUUCAAUCUGAAAAACCGCACGUUAUUGUAUGCGACAGUAGAUUUGACGCUUUGAAUUGGAUCGCCGAUCUAGUCAAGUUUUGUCCUAAACUCAGGCAAGUGUCCAUCUUGAACGCAAAUGAUGCAAAAAAUUCGCUGAAAGGUGCGGCGAUUCAAAAGUCCUCGUUUGAUGUUUUGGUUAUCACGACAGAAAUUAUGUUUAACGUGGUAUUGAAGCACGGCACCGCGCUAAACGCAGACGGGACUCCGGUGCCUGCGACGUAUGCCGCGUUAAGUCCGGGAACGUUACUUCGACCGUUCUCGAGCGCAAAUUUCGACGGCGUGGAUGGUUUUCGAAAAUGGGUUGCACACUUCGACGAUGCGGCCAGUAAAAUCCGGUUAAAAACGAAGCGCGUACUCUUGAUGCCGAAUGAUGAGGACAAGUUCGAGAACAAAGGCGAAGAGUUUCGCAAGGUAUUUCGCACGGUACACGCGAGGUGCGGCGAAGUCUACGCCAAAGCGUCCGCCACAAGUGUAUGGGCACUCAAGCCUCAACCGCCAAACUUUGAAGAAAUGGAUAUACGUUUCACGUCAGAACUGCCGUCGCCUGAAGAAGAGCCGAAAAUCGAUGAUGUUACGGAUACGAAAGCGCGCGAAAUGCUCACCACCCACUCCGAGGAGGAUUCGUUUCUUCAAAACAAAUUAGUUGAACCUUCUCAUGUCUUCGAACAGUGGGAACCUGCGGUAAAUAACACCACACAAAGCGAACUAAAUAUUGCCGAUCGCCUCAAAGAGUCCUUUUAUGUCAUGGAGCCGCAGAAGAUCUUGAAUGGAACCCAAGGAGCACUGAAAUUUGCUCAAGUCAUCGCGAGUCGUUCAAUCGCGCGAACUCUGUUCGUGUACGAUGAUAAGAAAACGACUGAUUUUUCAAUCUCCGAUUUCGCAGAGAAAGACGGGUAUUCUAUACUUGAUCCUUUGGUGAAACCUUUCGGCGCGCGACUUGUAGAUGCGGUCGAGUACAGAGACAUAAAGAAACGAACUGUGGGUAUAGUGAGCUUAAGUGGUUUGAAGAAAGCGUCUCGAUUGACGCGCGGGACGCAAGUGUGCGUCUUGUACGAAAUCGAUGCGCAAGUGGUGAGAGAUGUCGUCUAUCCCAAGCUCGCGCCGUGCGAUACGCGCGCAAAGGACGAAAUUCCUCUCGUGCAUCUGAAAAGCACUGCGAAUGUAGACGAAGCAGCGUUGAAAACGCUCGAGGAUACAGAGGAGGCAAUGGCGGAAUUUGCGAAAAGCAUUCUCAGCGAGUGCUCUCCAGAAGUUCAGUUUUUAUCGUCUGCGAGUGUUGUUGUGGACAAUGACAAUGAUGCGACUGCGAGAUUUAAUCGCCCAACGAGCGAUGCUUCUACCCCGUUUCCGACGGAAAAUCACGACGUGUUCUGUUUCGGCUGUAAAUCGAGCAAAGAGGGUGGAUGUAAGGCUAUCCCGCCGGCGUGGCUUACUCCAGAAGUCGCAUCGAUCUGGUUACAAUGUUCAAAAUGUCCGCACGCCGGUAGUGCUGGCUGUGCUCGCGUUCUCACCGCGCCGAAUCCAGCGGAACCGUGGUUGUGUCCUUCGCACAAGUGCGCAGUGUGCGGCGAUCUCUGCGGUCACACAGAGAAGACCACCUUACGAUGCGUCGAGUGCGGGUUCGCGUAUUGCGACACGUGCUCUUCAGGCGCCGAAUUCGAAAAAGCGCACAAGAAUGAGUGGGUGGAAAAGUACGGCUUUGUAUUACCGUCGCAUUCGGAGUACGUAAAGUGCGGCGUGUGUUGCGUGGCGGCGAAAGCUCCAACCGCGGUUGUGAAGAAACGCAAAUCAAACGCGAACGCGGCAACAGCGACUUUAGUCUUGUAA